AUGUAUCGAUAGCGAACAUCGAAGUUUUUCCACCUCUAUUUCCACCACUUUAGCAAAAUGUCCUUUAAGCCAAUCGAUCCCAAACGCGAUGAGAUACGUCGCUAUCUUGAGCGCGGCAGCGUUCUCGAUUCGUUGACGAAAGUCUUCAUACGCGUGAUCAAAGAGCGUCCGGAAAAUCCAAUGGAAUACAUACGCAACAACAUUGGAAUCGUGAGGCACCAGCACGACAAGUACGAGCGCCUCGCACAGGAUUUGCAAGAGGCGAACGAAGAGAUUCAACGUUUGCGUGCCAUUAUCAACAGCAUAAACCCCGACGUGCUGCAGACACCACACAUUCCCAUAGAUUCCGAGCCAACGGCAGUCGCAGAGAAGGUGAUGGAUGAUGCAACCGCCGCCGAGGGUGAAGUCAGUCAGAAUACCAAUGGUGGCGAUAAAGCAACAUCUUCGAACCCUGAUGAGUUGGUCGCCGCUGUCGAAAAUUAUCACCUUGAGGAGGAGGAGCCAAACAAGGCUGUGGUCUCUGCUGAGGUCACCAAGAGCGUUCAAGAUAGCUCAACCCAAAGCACAACCGUCCAAGCUGAGCCCAGCACCGAAUAAAUCAAUAAACAAAGAAUAUUUGUCAGCGUACUAGCACAUCCCAUUAGCAUACGUUCUCAUAGAAAUGUUAACAAAGUUAAGCAAAAAGAAUGAAUGGAUAGUAUUUUCUUAAAUGUACAUAAUAAUAAUAAAAAACAUUUACCUUAGUUGGGUAUUGAAAACAUAAGCUUGGUUUCUUUUUCGUACGUGAUCAAGUUAAGGAAGGAAAUUGUAACAUUUAUGUCGUUAGUGUGGGGUUUCCAAAUAUUUAUUGAAAUCAGUUUCAUAAUUCAUACACAUUUGUAUAUCAUUUGUUUAUUAAUAUAAAGGAUUAUUGAUAAUACAUAUUAAUAAUAGAAAUUUACUCUUGUUUUUAAACACAUCUUAAAAAGUGAUACUGGAUGAUAAAAACAAUGAAGAAAAAAUGUAUAUAGGUAUGUAUGGAUCGAUUGAAUUAAAUGUUAACAGCUGCAUCGAAUUUGAAUCGAAAAAAGAAACAACAAAACAAAAGUCGAUAUUACGGGCGUAUCAAUAGAUUUGUUGUUGUUACUGGACGAACAUAAACUGAUUCAUUAAUUUAAAGGUCAAAACUUAGUGUUUACAUUUUUAACUUCUUGGCAAGCGUUCUCAUCGUUCACUAAUUACUUUCUUCUUCCCUCAUCAUAAUCAUUCUUCUCGAAUUAUUAAUGUCAUAGUUUUAAGGCCAAAAAGCUGCGUUUUUUGUUCUCUUUUUUGGUUUUUACAAGGCCCUACUACAUUUGUUGUGACUUACAGUUCGUCGUCACCUUGUUCAAGUUUCUGUUUGCUGAUUUUUUUUUGUAACUUGUACUAAACGUUUUAGUCUCGUGUUUUAAAAUUGGACAAAACAUAUAUGUACAUGCAUAUGUAUGGUGUGGGUCGCUAAACGACUAUGGUAUAGUAGAUAUAUAUAUGUAUAUGUAGGUGUGUAGGUGUAGUUUGUUAAUCGAAAUAAAUGGUUGUUUUAUGUUUUCUAAAUUAUCAUGUCAUGCCUGUUUUUUUGAAUGCUUGGUGAAUGUUUUGUUUCUUGUUAUUUUUUGUAGUUGAAGCAAAUCUCUUUAUUUCUUAAAAGAUAAUAUUUUCUCCAGGUUUUUGGAUUUCAUAUUAUUGUAUAUUUUUUGUUUUUCAUUAUAAUCGCAGAGCGUUCGGUUCUUCCCUUUGUCGCUAUUGUGGUGCGGAUUGUUGGAUUGUAAAAUUAGAUUGCCCCUCGCUGUCGAUAGAAAAUAAGAUAAGAAAUUGAUAUAAAAAAAAUGUUAUUACGUUAAGUCUCUUUACUUACGUUAUGUGUUGAAUCAUUAUAAUUUUUGCCUGCAUUGUAUAUAGAAAAGUGUGUGAUUGGUUGUUGUUGGUGUUUUUUUGGGAGUUUGGUGAUAUUACUUUUUACGUUUAUCUGCCGGUUUCAAGAUCUGGAAUGAGCACAUAAGUGAUUCAUCCACAGACAUCAUCGCA